GAGGGGAUGGGCUCUGUAGAAGGCGCUGACUUCAAGCUCCGCCCACCACGGCUGGGGGUGGGCAGAAGCAAAGUCACGUGGCGGCGGGGCGGGCGGCGAGGCGAGGCUGGUGCUAUGAAGCGGAGCGCGGGGUUCGCAGGCGACAGUCAGAAGGCUGAGACCAAAGUGGAAUUUGUUAGAGUCAAAAAAAGAGAUUUGGAGAGGCUCACAACUGAAGUGAUGCAAUUACGGGAUUUCUUACCCAAAAUACUGAAUGGCAAUGUCUUGGAGAGCUUCCAGAAAUUGGAUGUUAUUGAAACAAGUAUGGAGAAAAGAGAGCAAGAACUAGAGCAGCUGAGAAUGGAUUGUGAACACUUCAAAGCCCGUCUGGAAACAGCCCAGGCAGAUUGCAUAAGGGAGAAGAAGGAGAAACUAACUCUUCGACAGCAGCUGAAUGAGGCAAAACAGCAACUACUGCAACAGGCAGAGUAUUGUACAGGAAUGGGAGCAGCAGUAUGUACUUUGUUAUGGGGCGUCUCUAGCAGUGAAGAAGCAGUUAGAAACAUUCUAGGAGGAAGUAAAGCAGUAAUUUUUUUUGCAAUCACUGGACAAACUAUGGAGAGUUUUGUGAAGUCUUUAGGUGAAGAUACAAAACAGCAGGAUCUGGAUUCUGAUGAAAAUCAGUUUGUAUUAGCUCUGGCAGGGAUUGUAACAAACGUCGCUGCAUUGGCAUGUGGCCGUGAGUUCCUGGUUAAUUCCAGUCGGGAGCUGUUGGACACAAUGAUACAACUUCUGGGAGAUAUGAAGCCAGGAUUUUGUACCAAACUUAAAGUGCUAAUGCUGAUGUCACUGUACAACGUGAGCAUCAACUUGAAGGGCUUGAAGUACAUUAGUGAAAGUCCAGGCUUCAUUCCAUUACUUGGGUGGCUUUUGAAAGAUCCAGAUGCAGAAGUGUGUGUUCAUGUACUGCGGCUUCUCCAGUCUGUGAGUCUAGAACCAGAAGUUUUAGCCAAGUCAGCACCUGAGAUGCGUGACACAUUGCCAUUUCAGCGUAUCAAAGCACUGUCAAAGAGCCGCAAUGUAGGUCUGCAAACACUGGCACAAGAACUGCUUGAUGACCUUAAGAUACUAGAAUAUGAAGUGUAGACAUAUACCUGUUUGAUUAUUGGGAUUGUGACUGUUUGCAUUUCCCCCUUUAGGUGUAUACCCAUUAUGCUGUAAGUGUAUGCAAAAAUGGUUGUAGAUUUUAAGUCUCUAUGCAGAGAAACAGUACGAUUAUUGGUGAUGGAUUUUGAAUGAACACUUGACUCUUCCUCUGUCUGAAUGUCUGCCUGAAGCCAGAUUGUCCAACCAAAAUAAUAGGUGAAAAAAAUGUAGCCUGGGAUUAGCUGCUUGAAUAUAAUGUUAGAAGAACUUACUUUAUUUGAAAAGGGUUUUGUUGAUACCAGGUUUCAAAAGUAAUUCAGACUAUAUGAACUAUUUAUGAUGCAGAUGGAGGAAAAUGACCGAGUGUAGGUAAUAUAUAGUUUAUUUCAAUAGUAAAUAGGCUUUUUGGUCCAGUUCUGUCCAUCUCUAAUAAUUAACGUUCUAAAAGAAAACUUUUGGUCCUUAUUUUAGCCAUAGUGUUUCAGAACUUAUAACAAGUUUCAGUUUUAUUUUUCCCCUCUCUUGUUUUUAAUAAAAGAAAGCUGGAGUUGUAUAGAGUGGAAUAGAUUCUACUUUUGAAAUAUUCAGAUUCAGAGGAGCUGUUGGUGACCUAGGUUUGUAGUUGCCAAGAAUAUUAGAAACUGAACCACUAGUUUAUCAAAGGCUUUGCAAAAAGGAAAAGAAUUGCUGAUGUCAGGAUGCAAUAACUCUGCAACCAAAGAGGCAGAAGUUAAUUACUGCUUUGCAUGAACUGUGUUGUAUUCACUUGAAAUUCUUAUUGAUAUUUAUUAGCAGUAAUACAUAUAACUUGCCACAAUUAUAAAUCUGAAGUUUAUCCUACAUACCUGAGCAUGCCAAAAUCUGUAGCUGUAAAAAUAACACCAUAGUUCAGAGUUUUCUGGUAUUAUAACCUAGCUUGUGACACUACUGUAGUGCAGGCAGUGGCAGGUCAGAAAAAUACUUCUCCAUUGGGUUGCGGUUCUUCAGUCAUGAAACCAACACGUUAACAGAGACAACAUUUGUUUCUUAUAUAUCAUCUGUACAGAAGGUAAAGAAUUCAGUCUUCUUAAUCAGCCAUAGUCUUUUUGUGAGGGAGUUGUUUUUAUGCCUUGUGUCUAGCUUUACAGGAGUUCAUUCUUCAGGCAGUGGCAGAAGACAUAAACAUUGUAAAACUUAAAGCUUCUGCCCUGUCAAGCAAACCACUCAACAUUGACUUACGUUUGACAUGGUGCAGUAUAUUGGUUACAUGACAUCAAACAUAAGCCCAAACAAAUAUAGAGGAAGGAAUGCUGUAGCAACAUAUUAGAAAAGAGAGAGGGGAAAAAUGUUCUGCUUUGAAUGGAGUCCAUACCAUAAGUAUAUAUUUUUCUUAAUGGGAUACUAUCAACAAUGGAGGAUUUGCAUGUAUAAAGAUACAAUAGGAAGAGCUUUCAUGACAAGGAGAAUUGCAGAAUGCUAGGCAUAUUUGAAGAUAUAGUUAAAAUUUAAUGCAAAAUCCUUAGUUUCAGAAAUUAUUUAUCCACUACAAAAUUUAAUAGGUCUUGAUUAGGACCCAGUGCUUUACAUGGCAAGUAAGAUAAAUCUACCAGAAUAUAUACUGUAAGAGCCCAGUGUUACCAUGAAAUAUAAGAAAGUCAUCAAUGAGGUCAGAAAGGAGUGAGGAAAUGGAAGAGAUGACAGGAACUUUGAGUGGGAAUGCUGCUCUUCCUGACUGAAAAAUAUAUGGAACUCACUUUCAUUUUAGAAUGGGUAAAAUCUACCAAGUGAAAUGCAUUUUCUUUUGGAUUCAUUUCCUUACUUAGACACUGGUUAGCCCAAACUGUAUCCCACAAUGGAAUUAAAAUGGUGGUAACCUCCAGUUUCCUGAAUUAUCAACUAAAAAAAGUUUAAAAAACAACAAAAGACCAAAUGCAAACCCAAUUGCCCAUUUUUCAGUCAAACUUUUGAAAGGCAUUAAGAAACAAAAAUUAAAAGGUCUGUGUGGAGGAGGUCAGAACUGUUUGGUUUAAUUGUUGACUCACUGGUAAGCAAAAGCAGGCCCACUGCCUGGAGCUGAGUUGACAGGUUUAUUUGGAACCUUAUGCCUUUUGACCAGUGGUCUGUUCACAGAAUUGAUGGUGAAUGCAGGUGUGGCUUCCAGCUGAACUCCCCCCAAAAUGUCACUUGCUCGGGUGAUGGUCCCAUGUAAUCAGAUGUAAGGCUGCAGUUGCCCAAGUUUAUGGAAAUCCCUAGUUGGUUUUAGUUAUGCAGUUUUAAUGUUCAGCUGUUUCUAUAAAAGUCAUUGCAUCUUGUUAAACUCUUGAAUUAUGAAAAACUCUGAGACAAAACAGAGAUAAAGCAGGUUAUGUUUUAAGAAAGCAAAUAUGCUUUUAAUUUUUUAUUGAAGAAUAUGCACCAACAAUAUUACAGUUCUUAGUUCAUUAUAUUCCUGUUCAUUGUUUGACUCAGUGCAAAAGAAAAAACGUGUUCAGAAGGUUUCGUCAGUGCAAGGAAGUGAAAGUUGACUCUACUGGUUUUUUUCAGUUCCAACAAAAAAGUUAGUCUGACAAGGGUUGAAUUAAGUUUAGGUCAAUGAACCGGUUUAUCCAGAGUCAAACUUGGCCUUUAACAUUUCAAAAUGUUGGAAUUCUGUUUUUCUAAGGCAUCUGCUGUUUGAAUAUUGAAGUACAAUAAACAAUACUUUACUAACUAUGAAA